AUGCAUCAUGUGGGCGUUUACAUUCUCUUCGUGCUUGUGUUCAUUUGCACUGCUUUCACGUUGUUCCAUUUUUGCCCUAGAGAGUUGGAUAUGGAUUUCUCGCGCAGCUAUGUUUCGUUGUUCUUUGCAACAGUAGCUACCGCUGUAGCUGUUCAAAAUGACGUCAAAGUCGAUUUGAGCUGGCAUGCACCGAAGAAGAGUUGGAUAAACGACCUAGACCAAGUCUUGAACAGCACCGGAACAAACGGUUUUAGGUUUAACAGCUCGCAAUUACCUGCUGGGGUGAAAUAUGGGACGUACAAUUGGUGUAACAUGCCGCAUGUGAGGAAGGAGGAAUAUGUAAAAGCUGAUGAGGAGUUUGAGCUGGUGUAUGUGGAAGUUAUACACCGCCACCAUAAACGAACACCAUAUGCCUCCAAUACAUUUCCAAAAGAGUCAUACAGCUGGGAAUGCUCCAACCAAGGCCUCUUCUACUACGGAGAGCCUCUCCACCACAACAGCAACACCUCAGCCUCCACCUACUGGAACGUCUACACCAACCCCGUCAACCCCUUCGCCCGCCCCGGUUUCAACGGUAGCUGUCAAUUCCCGCAAAUCACCAGCCAAGGCCUCGACGACUCCUGGCAACACGGCGCCGACCUCUACGCCGUCUACCACGACCUCCUCCACUUCCUCCCUUCCUCCCUGAACAACAAAAUAACCUACCGCGUUACCAACAACGUCAUCACCAGCCAAGUCGCAGGCAUGCUAAUCCAAGCCAUCGACAGGCUGAUGCUGUUUAUCGCCUUGGUCAGUACGAGUAUAGUUUUGUAUACCGUGAUUCGCCGCUGUCGCUGCGUGCGGCCGUGGCGGCUUAUGGCGUUUUCACGGCGGAACUCGCGGAUAACAUUCGUGCUGCUGUCGCGGGUAAAUCACGGGUCUUGUACCGCCAUAAUGUCGCUCAUGAUGGUUCUCUCGCCCGGUUGUUGA